AUGUCACUCAUUUCUUUUGACUUAGGACUCAAAUGUGAUGCUAACGGGUCAUUUAUCGACCAGGAUGCACCCCCACUGCCUCAUAUGGAUGCUCCCCCGACCGACUGGACACCUUAUAACGAUCAAGCUGAAUUUGAGAUGGCAGAGUUCUUAUUCAUGUGUAAUCAAAUGUCCGCAAAGCAGAUUAAUACACUUCUCUACUUGUGGGCCGCAAUUCUCAUUAAGCACAACGACACUCCCCCUUUUGCAAACCAUAGGGACAUGUAUGCUACUAUCGAUGCAACACCACUUAGUGAUACCCCUUGGAAAAGCUUUAUGAUGUCCUACAAUGGAGUCAGACCCAAACAAGAUGUACCACCAUGGAUGGCACAAUAUGAUGUAUGGUAUAGAGAUUCAUUGCAAAUGGAUGUUAUCGCUCAAAAUGAGGAGAAUCAUGGUUCAACAUUCGUGCCAUUGAUUAUCGGCAGCAACAAGACUGUCGUUUCUGUCACUACUGGCCAAACUGAAUAUCACCCGCUUUAUCUCUCAAUUGGGAACAUUCACAAUAGCGUACGACGAGCACAUCGCAAUAGCGUUGUGCUCAUUGGAUUUCUUUCAAUACCGAAAUCCACGAAGGAACAUAACGAUAAUGUCAAGUACAGAAAUUUUCGACGGCAACUAUUCCAGUGUUCCCUUGCCAAGAUUUUCGAGUCUGUGAAACCCUUUAUGGAAACUUUUGAUGUCACAUGCUUUCUGGAUGGCCAUUUUCGACAAACCGUGCACAGCUUGGGCCCAUACAUUGCCGACUAUCCAGAACAGUUAAUUCUUACUGGCAUCAUGCAGAAUUGGUGUCCUCGGUGUCUGGCGAAUAGGAAGGAUCUUGAUGGCACUCAACCAUGUCUGCAUCGACACGAAGCACACACUGAGUUGCUCAUUGAACAAUUAACAUACAAACAGGCUUGGUAUGAGCAUGGCAUCAUUGCCAACGUCGUCAUAAACAUCCACAAGCUCCUAUCGCCGGAUAUUUUACAUCAAAUCAUAAAGGGAACUUUCAAGGAUCAUCUGGUUGAUUGGGUGGGCGAAUAUUUGCAGGUCACACAUGGUGCUCGUCGUGCGGCCAAGAUCAUAGAUGACAUUGACUGCAGGAUAGCAGCAGUCACCCCAUUCACUGGGCUGCGACACUUUCCUGACAAGCGUGGUUUCCGGCAAUGGAUGGGAAACCCCGCCUCCACUCCGCUUGGCUCUUUCCGAUUGGAAAUUGAGUGA